AUGGCGAAAAAGAAGAGCAGCAACCGGACUCUUGAAGCAUUCCCAUGUUCAUCUUGCAAUCAGUCAUUCGCCAAAGCCACUGCUCUGACGGAUCAUUCUCGCUCCAAACACGACGCUUCUAUUACUGCCAGUGCCACUACUACUAGUGUAUCGACUACAAUCAGAAACAUAUUGGUACCUUGCACGGAGACUGGCUGCACCCAAACUUUUCCAGACCGUCGCGCACUUGGAUUGCACUUGGAAUCCCCUGCCCAUGCUCGCAAGAGGGGCACACCGUUACAAAACAUCAGUACAAACAGGCACGUGCCACCGUCUCCAGAUGGCUCAAGCAAGAUAUAUCCGAACACAUCCAAUACCCCAGGCACAAUUUUAGAAGAGGACGUCAAGUUAACAGCUCCUGUCGUAGUCGCUAAAACGUCAACGGCUUUGGACUCUCUUACUUCGAAGCUUGGGUCAUCCCUUCACAUAAGCGCACCUCAACAGUCCGUUAUCAGGGAAUCUCCUAGUGCGUCAGAAGCAUCCAAGCGGGGCAAAUUCGUUGAAGAGCCGGCUUUCGUUGAAUUCAUGCCACAGAAUCUAGCGGGCGGAAAAUCGAGAGCACCAACACGCAAAGCGAAGGCAACUGAAAAGUGGACGGUUAUCCCGGAGCAGCAACAGUACAAUGCACUUACCGCGCUCCGGUUACGCUGUCACCCGCCUGCAGUUCUCAAAGCCAACGGAUACACUUUAUAUACCGAUCGAAUCAACUUGAUAGGAAAAGAUGCGGUUCUCGCCCCUUUGAAGGCUUCUGCUUACCACUGGGGGAUCUCGAAACGCACCGCCAUCGCGCUAGAUUGCGAAAUGGUAGGCGUAGGCGAUAAGAACGAGUCGGAGGUAGCGCGCAUCUCAGCAAUUGACUAUCUCACAGGCGAGAUCCUCAUCAAUACUCUAGUUCAGCCGACGCAGUCCGUCACAGACUGGCGUACAAAAUUCAGUGGAAUCACCAAAGAAGCUAUGAGCACAGCCGUCUCCCUUGGAAAGGCAUUACAGGGUUGGCCGGAAGCACGCGCUGCAUUAUUCGAAUACAUUGACACUGAGACUGUCUUGAUCGGCCAAUCAUUGCACUUCGAUCUCAUCGCGUUGGGAAUUCAGCAUCAACGAGUUGUUGACUCAGCAAUAUUGACAUCUGAAGCCGUUGGACCUAAAGUUAGGAAAAGACGAGGCCUCAAGGAUCUAUGUGACCAGCUCCUCAAUAUCAAGGUACAGACCGAUAAGAAACUGGGACAUGACUCCGUGGAAGAUGCGUUCGCGGCACGAGAAAUGGUCUUGUGGUGUGUGAACCAUCCAGACGCACUGAGUCGAUGGGGAGGGAAGCAGCGGAACGAGCACUAUUCCCAAAGGAAGAGGAAGGGAAAACAGAAGACUACAGUUGACGUUGUAUCACGAAGGCAGCAUCCACCACAUUUAUGUUUUGGUUGUUAUACUAAUCAUGAAGACGAAAUGUUAAGAUGGUCCGAUGUUGCGGAAGAUCUUGGAUGGCCACAUCCAGACACAGGGUAUGAUCCUUGGUCAGAUUAA